CUCCAGCUCUGGGCAUCGAUCUGUAUAAAGACUUGGCCAGCAGAGCCCCAUUCAUAGAUCGACACACAGACCGCGCUGCGCCUACUAGAUCGAUAUCUAGCAUUCUUCCCUUCCCAACAAUCCAAGUCAAAGGUACACCCAUACAUACACUCUCUUCAAUCGGCCAUGACAAGAGCUAACGGUAACGGUACCGUGCCCGUGCGUGACAACCGCCGGAGCAUGCAACACGCUGAAGGCCCUGCGGCCGUGCUCGCCAUCGGCACGGCAAACCCGACGAGCACCAUAGCGCAACAGGACCAGUUCGCCGACCAGUUCUUCCGCGUGACCAACAGCGACGACCUUACUGAUCUCAAGGCAAAGUUUGAGAGAAUAUGCGACAAGACAGGCAUCGAGAAGCGGCACUUCCACAUGACGGAGGAAAUGCUCCUCGCCCACCCGGAGUUCCUCGACCGAGACCAGCCAUCCCUCGACGCUCGCAUCGAGAUCGUCGCCACCGCGGUGCCGAAGCUCGCGGAGUCCGCGGCGAGAAAAGCCAUCGCCGAGUGGGGCCGUCCGGCCAGCGACAUCACGCACCUCAUCUUCAGCACCUACUCCGGCUGCCGCGCCCCUGCCGCCGACCUGGAGCUGGCCACGCUCCUCAACCUCCGCCCCACGGUCUGCCGCACCAUCCUCAGCCUCCACGGCUGCUACGGCGGGGGCCGGGCGCUGCACCUGGCCAAGGAGCUCGCCGAGAACAACCGCGGCGCGCGCGUCCUGGUGGCAUGCUCCGAGAUCACCCUGGUCUGCUUCAACGGGCCCGACGGCAGCAACCUCGUGGGCCACGCGCUCUUCGGGGACGGCGCCGGCGCCGCCAUCGUCGGCGCCGGGCCCUUCGAUGCCGCCUCCGGGGAGCGCCCGCUGUUCGAGAUGGUGGCCGCCACGCAGACGACGGUGCCGAAGACGGAGCACGUGCUGGGGAUGCAGGUCGCGGGCGGCGGCAUCGACUUCCACCUGGCCAUCCAGGUGCCGAUGCUGAUCGGGCAAAACGUCGAACAGUGUCUGCGCGACGCGUUCAGGGCCACGCUUGGGGACGACGACGAGGACGGCAUCCCGUGCUGGAACGACCUCUUCUGGGCGGUGCACCCCGGUGGGCGCCCGAUCCUGGAUAACAUCGACGCCGUGCUCAAGCUGGAGAAAGGGAAGCUGGCGGCGAGCCGGCAGGUGCUGCGCGAGUACGGGAACAUGAGCGGCGCCACGAUCGUCUUCGUGCUCGACGAGCUCCGCCGGCGUAGAGAGAAGGAUGGCAGCGGCGGCCACCAGCUUCCUGAGUGGGGUGCCUUGCUGGCCUUCGGACCUGGAAUCACGAUCGAGACCAUGGUGCUGCGCUGCCCGCCGGGUCUCAAGGGAAAUUAGUUCAUUACCAGGGUAAAUAUACACAUUUACUACACUACACCGCUGCAUAUGCAUUUUACAACUUUUUCAUAAAUAAAAAAACUCAAAGAUCAAUGGUCUUUUCUUAGAUCAAAAAGAUCAAUGGUUGAUAAGCAUUUCUCUCAUAGAAAACUCGAAAUCCAUUAAGAAUUAAGCACACUAGCUACCCGCUAACCAGACCAUAUUUUAAGACCACACUCUAGUACCAGAAAAUAUACUGGUACUUGAUCUCUAUAGGUCAUCAUGCUAAAGUAUGAUUUUGACCUAAAGCCAGAGUAUUAAUUGAUCAAAUUUUAUCCCAAAUAUGCAUGGGUGAUGAUGGGUGCAUGCAUGUGUGUUGUCCGUUCCAGUGUUUUCAACAAAAGUUCCUGUCCUGGAUCUGCAGUGUUUGUAAUGAUUAUUACCAUAUUUGUCAAGCUUUCUAGGUGUGUAAUUAAAUAUCGCGACUUGUGUGGAGUGUACUAUCAAACUCAACAUUGAUAUAUAAUGUACUCCCUCAAUUUCAAUAUACACCGCGUAUGCUUUCAUGCA